AUGCCCGAUUUAUUUGAUAAUAUUUUUAAUAAAAUUGGUACAAAAUUCACUGGUGGGAAAACUACUCAUCAUUAUGGUGGUGCAUCUCAAGUAAAUACUGGGAAAUGGUAUAGUUAUACUAGUAGUGCCAGUAAUAAUAAUUAUUGGUUACCUCGAGAAAAUAAAUCAAGUUCUAAACCUAAUGAAGAAUUAAACCCAGUUGAAUUUAGAGUGGAUCGAUCAAUGAGUGUUGGUUCAAUUACUGAAGAUUCUGGUACUACAGGUGGUGGUACUGGUGAUCGAUCAAGAAUGAAUAGUAUUACUGAAUAA